AUGGAGACUUUCACUCAAGAAAUAUAUGGCCUAGACAAGGGCCAACGCUGUACCAAGACGCAGCUGCCGGCUUCGGUGCUGCGACAGCUCGAACAAAUCGCCCACCACGGCAUUCACCCUCACUUGAUACUUCAACACUAUACCGCAGUCUUUGACCAAGCUCUAACAUCGCCAGGCCAACACCAAGAACUGAGCGAUGUGGCGCCGGCGCCUCCACCAGUUCGAGAUGAAACCCCCAACACCACCGACCGUGAGGGUCAUUACGGCUGCCCUUGGUGCGGCUCCAUGAUCAAACUGGAGAAAGACUUCAUUCGGCAUGUCAAAGAGAAAUGCUGCCCCGAAACCGUUCUUCGCUGCCCUGAUUGCCCGAAGACUUACACACGCAAGCAUCGACUGGCCAACCAUCACAAAAACGUCCAUCCAACUCGGUGUGGCCCUGGACCCUGUACCCACGUUAGCAGUGCUACCGUGAAACUCACCAAUACCGAAACUCUGGGCUGCGGCUUCUGUCCUGAAUUGGUCCGUGGCGAUCUUCACGUUCACAGAUAUCUGCGUCACGUCAUCGACCACUACCGCGAAGGAGCAGUACUUGCGAACUGGCAGGCUGGACACCAUAUCCCGUUCCCUCGCAACGCUCGACCAUUUUCGCCACCUCCCAAGAUCGACCUCAGCGCUUCGCUGGAGAAUCAAGGCAGCCUCGGCGACUUUUCAGCGCUUCGCUCUGGCUUUGGUCUCGACGACUCACCUUUACGGAGCCACUCUGCAAUCAGCAAUGACUCCACCCUCUUCGAUGCCGCGGAAUAUACGACGACCAAUGCCGCCGCGAAAGCCAACUGGGACCCUUACUUCAAUCCCACUAAUAUGGCCUUCCUCCACCCCAUGCCUCCUAAUAACGAGCCGUCAAUGCCACAAACCUUUAAUAUCCAAUCUCCCGAAGACGACUUCGGCGAUAUGAUGACCUACAUCAACGACUACCCCGACUUCAUCAACAACACCUUCAUCGACACAUCCACAGACGACAUCAUCCCCCAAAGCCAAGCAGUGACCGGUGCCUGCGCCCAGCUCAUGGACAUCGGCACCGCUGUAGAAGCGCGCUCCUCGAUCUUCAACCCGACACCGCCGCUUCAGCUCACCAGAGAUAAUCGACGCUCGAAGUCCGAGCGGCUUCUGAGGAAGUUUCAGAGUCUUUCUCCGCUGAGGACGGAGUUUUGA